CCUCUCCUAGCGUUUCUCCAUUUACGGGCCUUGGCAAAUAUCAGUGUUCCUAACCUUUAUACAAGAUUGUGAUCUAGGCGGACGUGCUUUUGAUAACUUUAAAAACUGAUCCUUCCCAGCCAAAAAGUAUGGCAGGUGGUAAAAAUUCUCAGGGAGGAUUCCAACCGGAUUCUGAUGUCCACAUUACUUACGAGGAUCAGCAAAAGAUUAACAAAUUCGCCAGGCACAACGCAAAGCUAGAAGAUUAUAAAGAUGAAUUAAAAUCGAAGCAGAAUGACAUAAAAAAUUUUGAAGAUGCCUGCGAUGAGCUCUCCCUCCUAGAUGACGAUGUGAAAAUUCCUUACCUCAUUGGAGAAGUAUUCGUAGAUCAGGAUUUUGAAAAAACCCAGAAAUCAUUGGAGGAAGCGAAAGCGAAGAAACAAGCAGAAAUUGCGGAUCUGGAAAGGAAAUCCUCAGAACUCAAAGCAGUAAUGAGCGAUUUGAAAGCUCAGCUCUAUGCUAAGUUUGGCACACACAUCAACUUGGAAGCGGAAGACGAAUAGUUUGUAAACUGUAAUUGUAAUUAAGAUCUAAGUUUUAGUUAUUCAAACGGUUGAAAAUAUUGUGUCAAUUAUUUUUAUGCGUACUGAUUAUUAAUAACCCUCAACGUUAUCGUUGUUUUUGGUAUUCAUCAAUUUUUACAAUUUCA